CGGGGCCACCACGCAGCCAUGGAUGCGCCGCGGGUCCUCGGCAACUUCGUGGUGUGGGACUACGUGGUGUUCGCCGGCAUGCUGCUCAUCUCGGCCGUCAUCGGCAUCUAUUAUGCCUUCGCUGGGGGCGGCCAGCAGACCUCCAAGGACUUCCUGAUGGGUGGCCGCAGCAUGACCGCCGUGCCCGUGGCGCUGUCCCUCACCGCCAGCUUCAUGUCAGCUGUCACCGUCCUGGGUACCCCUGCUGAGGUCUACCGUUUUGGGGCCAUGUUCAGCAUCUUUGGUAUCACCUACUUCUUUGUGGUGGUCAUCAGUGCGGAAGUCUUCGUCCCCGUGUUCUAUAGGCUGGGGAUCACGAGCACCUACGAGUAUUUAGAACUUCGAUUUAACAGAUACAUUCGUCUGUGUGGUACUAUCCUCUUCAUUGUUCAAACAAUUCUGUAUACUGGAAUUGUUAUUUACGCCCCUGCCCUGGCUUUGAAUCAAGUUACAGGAUUUGACCUGUGGGGCGCAGUAGUAGCAACAGGGGUGGUCUGCACAUUCUAUUGCACACUGGGUGGUCUUAAAGCAGUUGUCUGGACAGAUGUUUUUCAAGUUGGAAUCAUGGUAGCUGGAUUUGCAUCUGUGAUUAUACAAGCUUCAAUAACUCAAGGUGGCAUCAGUACAAUUAUAAGUGAUGCUUCUAAUGGAGGAAGAUUGAACUUCUGGAACUUUAAUCCUAAUCCUUUGCAAAGACACAGUUUCUGGACAAUUAUCAUUGGAGGGACCUUCACGUGGUCCACAAUCUACGGUAUCAACCAGUCCCAAGUGCAGAGAUAUAUUUCCUGUAAAAGCAGACUUCAUGCAAAAUUGUCUCUCUACAUCAACCUUGUGGGCCUCUGGGUGAUCCUUAUCUGCUCUGUGUUCUGUGGGCUUGCCUUGUAUUCCAGAUACCAUGACUGUGAUCCUUGGACUGCUAAGAGAGUGUCACAAGCUGACCAGCUUAUGCCUUAUUUGGUACUUGACAUUUUGCAAGAUUAUCCAGGAGUCCCUGGACUUUUUGUGGCCUGUGCUUACAGUGGGACAUUAAGCACAGUGUCCUCCAGCAUUAAUGCCUUAGCAGCGGUAACUGUAGAGGAUCUCAUCAAACCAUACUUCAAAUCACUCUCAGAGAGGGCUCUUUCUUGGAUUUCCCAAGGAUUGAGUGUGCUGUAUGGAGCCCUGUGCAUUGGAAUGGCUGCUGUGGCAUCGCUCAUGGGAGCUUUGUUACAGGCAGCACUCAGCAUAUUUGGCAUGGUUGGUGGACCACUACUGGGCUUGUUUUCUUUGGGCAUUUUGGUUUCCUUUGCCAACUCAGCAGGAGCACUUGCUGGUCUGUUGGUGGGCUUUGUCAUUUCUUUAUGGGUAGGAAUUGGAGCUCAACUUUAUCCUCCCCUUCCUGAGAGAACUAUGCCAUUGGCCCUUGAAACCUAUGGAUGUAACAACACAUAUAAUGGGACAAAUUUGAUGACAACCACAGAAAUGCCAUUUUCUACUAGUGCUUUUCAAACACACAACGUUGAAAGGACUCCACUGAUGGAUAAUUGGUACUCAUUGUCCUAUCUGUACUUCAGUACUAUUGGAACCUUGACAACAUUGCUUGUGGGGAUCCUUAUCAGUUUAGCAACAGGAGGAAGAAAACAGAAUUUAGACCCCAGAUUCUUACUAACAAAACAGGACUUUUUAUCCAAUUUUGAUAUUUUUAAGAAAAAGAAUCAUACUUUAAGCUAUAAAUCGCAUCCUAUAGAAGAUGGUGGAACUGAUAAUCCUGCCUUCAACCACAUUGAACUGAACUUCACAGACCAAAGUAGCAAGAUCAAUGGGACUCGCUUGUGAAGCAAUCCCAGUGCUUGAUGAUCUAUAUAGUGUCUUAAUUUUUUAUGUUUUGGGAUAAUUGGAUCAGAAUUUUUUCCCUAUCAUGAGUGUUUUGGAAGACACAUUUUUCUCCUGACUUCUUCACUUUGUACCCUGAUUUCUAAACGCUCUUUUGGAGUUGAAUUUCAACAACAGCAUCUCCCUCUCUUUCAGAUUUCAAUGGAGCUGUAGCUCUGAAUGCUAUGAUGACAUACAUGUUGAAAGGCUAGUACACAUAUAUACACAUAAUACUUCAUGAUCAAAGGCAUAUUCUUAUAUUUGGGCAUUAUUGAAAAUAUUUUUUCAUGCCUUUGGUGCUAACAGAUAAGUUUGGGGAUAUUUGCUAAAAUCAUACUAAAUACUGAAAGAGAUUUCUUUCCUUCUCCUCCAUACUAUAUGCCUAGGCAGCAGUAAAGUGCAGAUCAACAGAGUAUGCCUGCGUUGUAACUUUAAAGCUGACUCUGGCUCCAGAAGGUGGUAAACAAAAGCAUCCUGUCGGAGAGAAAAUAGGGACCCAAUGAUCAAGGUCAUCUUGAAUAUACUCUUGUGCCUUUUUUACUGCUGUCCGAGGUUCCUGACCAUUGGCUACUUAUCUUAGACUAUAGGCUGAAGUUUGUAUCUACAGCCCUAGUUUCUGACCCACCACCUUUAUUUUGUUGUGCAUUUUCCCUGUACCUGUUGUUCCCGUUUUCUGCUUGUUGUCCUGGCUUUGAAUAUGUCUUGAGACACCCAAUGUGUAUCAUGCCACUUCUGACCCUAAUUCACCGGACCCCAGCCUAUACAUUAAAGAUGUGCAGUAGUCUUGUACUGAACAGUGUGUGCUUCAUAGGCACUUAUGGGUUUGGUGACCCAAGAACAUUAUUUUUUUUUAAGUGGUUCAGUUCCGUGGAGUCAUACAAUUACCUUCAGUGCUACUACAUUGAUUCUCUGAAUUUCAAUUUAUUUGACUUCAUAAUGGCUGAAGGUGUACAUACUUAGAAAUAUUGAAAUCCCAGUAUAGUCAUACAUCGAAAGAGCUAAAUUCCAUUGUUAGACAGUGACUUCUUCUUCUCCUCCUCCUUUUUUUUUAUUUAAAAAAAAAAACUGUUCCAGACUUACUAAAUAUAUGCUUGUUCCAUCUCCUAACAUUUCAAGCAGCAGUCUCAAAGUUUUGUACUUAGUUGUUACUUGGCUAUGCUAAGAGUUUGAGUACAAAAUUUCUUUAGUAACUUAUUUUUUUUCUACAAUAUCCACAUUACAUACUGCUUAAAAGGAGUUUUAAAGUUUUUAAUAUUUUUUUAAAAGAUAAGAGAAAUAUUGACACAUACAAAUGUUUUAUAAUUUAUUUACAUACCUUUUGGUCUAUCUUAUUUAGGAAACCAUUACUCUGUACAUUUAGACAUUGUUAACUGACAUUAAAAACUAAAAUACUAAAAAAUAGUAGCAUUUAUUUGAAAGAGACUU